AUUUCCUCCCAGCGUCCCCCGCGAACGAAAAGAGCCCAGUGGGCUCGAGCCGCCAACCCUGCCAGUUUUCGUCGUUGCUUCUGUAGCUACUGCUUUUUCCUUCCCAAGAGGAGCUAUCGCGGCCGCCCAUCCUGGCCAUCAUGUCCGCCCAGGCGCAGAUGCGUGCCCUGUUGGACCAGCUCAUGGGCACAGCUCGGGACGGUUCAGUGUAUCUUUGCCUGCCUACAUCAAUCUGCAAGGGAGUUGCAGAAAAGCCUCAUGUUCAUCGAGCCGAGACGAAACCAGACAGAGGGUCAAGUUUACAGAUGACCGUGUUUGCAAGAGUCACCUUCUGGAUUGCUGCCCUCAUGACAUCCUGGCUGGCACGCGUAUGGAUUUAGGAGAAUGUACCAAGAUCCACGACUUGGCCCUCCGAGCAGAUUAUGAGAUUGCAAGUAAAGAGAGAGACCUGUUUUUUGAAUUGGAUGCAAUGGAUCAUUUGGAGUCCUUUAUUGCAGAGUGUGAUCGGAGGACUGAGCUUGCCAAGAAACGACUGGCAGAAACACAGGAGGAGAUCAGUGCAGAAGUUUCUGCAAAGGCAGAAAAAGUACAUGAGUUAAAUGAAGAAAUAGGAAAAUUACUUGCCAAAGCCGAGCAGCUAGGAGCUGAAGGAAAUGUGGAUGAAUCUCAGAAGAUUCUUAUGGAAGUUGAGAAAGUUCGUGCAAAGAAAAAAGAAGCUGAGGAAGAAUACAGAAAUUCCAUGCCUGCAUCCAGUUUUCAACAGCAAAAGCUACGUGUCUGCGAGGUCUGUUCAGCCUACCUUGGUCUUCAUGACAACGACCGCCGUCUGGCAGACCACUUUGGGGGAAAGUUACAUUUGGGAUUCAUUCAGAUACGAGAGAAGCUUGAUCAGUUAAGGAAAACUGUGGCUGAAAAGCAGGAGAAGAGAAACCAGGAUCGCCUAAGGAGAAGAGAAGAGAGAGAGCGGGAGGAACGACUGAGUAGAAGGUCUGGAUCAAGAACCAGAGAUCGCAGGAGGUCACGCUCCCGGGAUCGUCGUCGGAGGCGAUCAAGAUCUACCUCCCGAGAGCGACGAAAGUCUUCUCGUUCCCGUUCCCGAGACAGAGACAGACACCGCCGUCACCGUAGCCGUUCCCGCAGUCACAGCCGGGGACACCGCCGGCCUUCCAGGGACCGGAGUGCAAAAUACAAGUUCUCCAGAGAGCGCAUGUCGAGAGAGGAAUCCUGGGAGUACGGGCGCAGCGAGCGAGGGUCCACCGACUGGAGGCUGGAGAGCUCCAAUGGGAAGGCCACUUCGCGGAAGUCAGAGGAGAAGGAGGCCGGCGAGAUCUGAGCCCUUUUCCUGGCACUGUAAAUAGACUGAGAGAUGUUCAACAUAGCCUAAAUUACCCUUUAUAUUUGCUGAAUACAACUCAUCUUUUGUAGUUUAAAUUGCUGUUGUUCGAAGCUAGCUGUGAGUUUCUAGAGUCAUGCAGAGUUGCUCCUGUGUUCUGGGGUUAUGUUGCAUAGGAAUAAAUAAACCUGGCGGACUGUCUUCUGACAGCAGAA